GAACCGUGAUCGACCAAUUCAAGAGCUUGCAGUACACUGUAGUGUAGUAGUAUGUCGAAGCAAUAAAGCAACCUGAAGGCACUUUUACGCGGGGAUGUUGCUCUUGGCGGGGCGUUUGCAUUACGCGGCUGACUCGCCUGAACCUUCCUGGCCCCAACGCCCCCGUCUUUUAUCUUCAUUCUCCGCCUGCAGCAGCGUUUGGUGUGCUAGGACCUCCUCACGACAUUCGCUUGUGCUUCCUGUAUGCAGUACACCCGGAUGCGUGAUCGCGAUCAACCAGCGUUUGCUCUUGGAGUCUACUUGGCAAGUGUCACCUCCGUUUCAAGCGCAUGGACGUUGUCUAUCCCCUCUCCUUGCCAAGCACUCUCCCGGUUCCAGCGACAGCAGGCCGGCCCAGGCAUUCUCCAAGGCGAGAAUGCCUCCCAUUAGUUCGAGGACCGAAGUCGUCCAGAUGAUCUAUAUAGUACCAUCUGCAGUAUCCUCCGUUUCCGCUUCCCUUUUCUGUCUGCCUCGUGAGCUGUGCUCGUUCGUCCUUUUGUCGGAUAUCUUGAGGGUUCCCUUUCUCUUGCUGUGCUCCCUAUUUUUCAUUUCUUUCGCUGGUCGUCGCCGCUGGUCGCCUUACGUUAUUACUACUUAAUCCUUUCCCUCGGACACACACGAUCCAUCUCUUUUGCCCAAGAUGGUGAAGUAUGCCUUUGUUGCUUUUGCCGGAAUGGCCGCGGCACUGCCGCUGAAUAUCAACCUCGGGGCCUACUCUCCGGCCCUCGUUGUCGGUGAUGGUGAAAUCAGCUUUGGAGGCGCAGCAGCAAACACGGGUGCGGGUGCGGGUGCGGGUGCGGGUGC